AUGAGAAAAACAAUACCAGUAGUAAUAUGGGUUUUAAUAUUACUUAUUGAAAAUUGUGUUGCAGCAGUUAUUACUGAUUUUAAUUCUAUUGAAAAACAACCCAGAAAAUUUAAAGGAAAGAUAUUUGCUAUUAUAGAAAGUGAUGAGGAUAUGAAUAUUGCUAUUGAACAUAAAGACAGAAUUGACCAAGUCAUUGGAAAAGGAUUUAGUGCUGAGUCAUUUCCAUCAGGAAGUCCUAAAAUUGAAGGGGAAUGGGUAUAUAAAAAGAAUUUUACACAUAAUAUUGGACAUAUUAUGUUUGGGAAUUUUGCAAGUAUUGUUAAUUGGACAUUUGAAAUGACAGAAGCAGUUAUUGAAACAAUAAAUAAAUAUGGAUUAGAUGGUGUAUGUAUGGAAGAUUUAGAAAAUGUAUAUUUUAUCACUGGAAGAUCAACUCGUGAUGUUAGACUGAUAUUAAGAAGAUUAGGAAUUGAAUUACAUAAAAUUCAGAAACAAGUAUUUGCUAUUAUUCCUGUUUGUUUAAUAAAUACACUAAGAAUAUGA